AUGGCUGAAGAUGCUGACAUGCUAGCCGACAUAUCGAAUGCUGAGGUGAGAGAUGUUGCUUCAGACGAUGAAACACCUAUGCGUAGUCCUGUGGUGAAACAACCGUUCAUACCCACUGAUCAGUUGCCACACUUUAGCCCUGGACAUAUCUUCGGCAGCCAAGACUUCUUUAGAGAGGUCCUUCGACAGUAUGGCGUGAUGUCGAAGAGGCCCGUUCGUAUCAAAGUGAAUGAUGAUACAAGAUUGAGAGCUAUGUGCGAUGGGGCUGAUGAGGCUCAAGAAAAUAAAUGGAUCACGGCUAAGUGGUUGGGCAAACAGUUCACUGAGAAGAUAAAAGCAAAUCCGGAAAUCCCAUUGGUUGCAAUCAGACAAUGUGUAGACGAGCAGUUUGGUUCCAGAAUUAGUCGUAUGAAGGCAUACAGGGCUAAGGGACACGUACUCGAAGGCAUCUUUGGGAGCAUCGACAAGCAAUACAAGAAGCUCUUCUACUACAAGAAUGAGCUGCUUCGAACGCAUCCCGACUCAACUGUUCAGAUACAUUAUGAGAACCAUAGACGUACACCGAGCUCAAGUCCAAGGUGGUGGCCUAUAGCUUGGGCUGUUUGUGAAACUGAAAGCUACGAGCAGUGGAAAUGGUUUCUAGACCAUUUGGAUGAGGACUUGCAGCUAUCUGAAAACGACCCUCGAUAUGUAUUCAUGUCUGAUCAGCAGAAGGGAUUGUCGAAGAUAAUUGCUGAAAAGUAUCCGCAGAGUGAGCACAGGUUUUGUGUACAACAUAUGUACAACAACUUUAAGAAGCGGUUCUCGGGUAAAGAGUUGAAGAAAAGGAUGUGGCAAAUAUCUGAAAGCACGACUAUGGAGGCUGCCUAUGAGCAUUUGGUGGGUGUGGCACCAAAAGAAAAAUGGGUCAAGGCGUACUUCUCUUGUCAUGCAAAAUGUGAUACACAGCUGAACAAUAUGUGUGAGACGUUUAAUGCAAAGAUCGCCGAGGCACGUGAAAAACUUAUUCUGGCGUUGUUGGAGGAAAUUCGAACAAAACAAUUGGAGCGUAUCCAGAUUAGGGGUCAGUGGGUGAAGCACUACAACUAUCCCGUACCACCAGUCAUAAAAGAGAUCCUUGAUAAUGCGGCAUCCAACUCUACUUCAUGGAGGAGGAAUGGGGAAAAUGAGUACCAAGUCUCUGGGCCUGCUGGUCAGUUUGUGGUGAACAUGCUCAAUAGGACAUGCACAUGUAGACUUUGGCAAAUCAGUGGCCUCCCUUGCGUGCACGCUACAGUAUCUAUACUCAGGUGUAAGCACCCUCUGACUGAUUAUGUAUCACCACUUUACUUGAGGGCUAGUAUGGCGGCACUAUAUGAGCAUGUGUUAUACCCUGUCAGUUGUAUGGAAAACUGGUCAAGGUCUUCGGAGGUUAGUUUUGAGCUAGACCCUCCCAACACCAAAAGGCAACGUGGCCGCCCAAGGAAACUGAGGAGAGAACAGCCUCAGGUACGUCUUUACGAGAAUGGAGUUGAAUCGUUGCAGCGAACUGCAGUGCUCUCAUGUGGUAGGUGUGGUCAAAUUGGACACAAUAGGCGGACUUGUCAGAAUGACCCUUCAGUACCGAACAGCCAACGCAACCAAGCAAGCGGUUAUGGGAGUCAAGAGCAUGACGCGCAGAGGGACCGACCGCCUUGCCCACCUAUGGAGAGAACGGCUGGGCCGAGCCGUGCUGCUUCGUCAUCAAACCAUGUUCGGAAAGCUCAGAGAUGUGGUCGUCGGAAGACGGCUGAUUAA